CCUUUUGCUGUUACUCCAGGAAGCGUCAUUGGCGGCGACGUGUCUCUUGCCGGCCAAGCUUCUUCAGUCACAAAGGGGAGAUCGGCUGCCUUGGGGGAUCCCGGGACUCUUUCCUGAGGUGUUGUUUCGCGGGGAGCCGGCUAUGGCUGCCUCGGAGGGCCUGGUGGAGCGGCUUCGGAGCCGCGUGAAGGAGCUGGAGGAAGAACUGGCCCGAGAGAGGGCGAGGGGCGGCGGCGAGGGGCUGAGUGGCCGGGCGCGGAUCGAGCAGAUGAGCCCAGAAGUCACGGACUCCAACCCAUACAGUCGUUUGAUGGCUCUGAAAAGAAUGGGAAUUGUGAAAGAUUAUGAGAAAAUCCGCUCCUUUGCAGUAGCCAUCGUGGGUGUUGGUGGAGUUGGCAGUGUGACGGCUGAAAUGCUGACAAGAUGUGGCAUUGGUAAGCUGCUCCUAUUUGAUUAUGACAAGGUGGAGCUGGCAAAUAUGAACCGGCUCUUUUUCCAACCUCAUCAGGCUGGACUGAGCAAAGUUCAAGCAGCGGAGCACACAUUGAGGAACAUCAAUCCUGAUGUCCAGUUUGAAGUACAUAACUACAACAUCACAACUAUGGAUAACUUUCAACAUUUUAUGGAUAGGAUCAGUUAUGGUGGAUUAGAAGAAGGAAAACCUGUUGAUCUGGUAUUAAGCUGUGUGGAUAACUUUGAAGCUCGUAUGGCAAUUAACACAGUUUGCAAUGAACUUGGACAAAUAUGGAUGGAAUCAGGAGUAAGUGAAAAUGCUGUCUCCGGCCAUAUCCAGCUGAUCAUACCUGGUGAAUCAGCUUGUUUUGCAUGUGCACCACCACUUGUUGUUGCAGCAAACAUAGAUGAGAAAACAUUGAAACGGGAGGGUGUAUGUGCAGCCAGUUUGCCCACGACUAUGGGAGUAGUUGCUGGCCUCCUUGUGCAAAAUGUCCUCAAGUUUUUAUUAAACUUCGGCACAGUCAGCUUUUACCUUGGCUACAAUGCAAUGCAGGAUUUCUUUCCCGCCAUGACCAUGAAACCCAAUCCACAGUGUGAUGACAAAAACUGCAGAAACCAACAGGAAGAAUACAAGAAAAGAGCAGUAAGCAAUCCUAAACAAGAAAUCUGUGAAGAGGCAGACGAAAUAGUACAUGAGGAGAAUGAUUGGGGUAUAGAAUUGGUUUCAGAGGUUUCUGAAGAGGAGUUGAAAGCUGCUUCAGGUCCAGUUCCUGAUCUUCCAGAAGGCAUCACACUGGCAUAUACAAUACCUGACAAGGAAGAAAACUCUAUAGAUGGAGAAACUGUUGCUGAAUCCGAGGAAAGUCUAGAAGAACUUAUGGCUAAAAUGAAGACUAUUUAACACUACUUCAGGGGUGCAUUUUGUAUCGUACUUGGCCUUUCAUGGAUGAUGGUCCAUCUUUAGUCUGCUUAUUUAUGUUAACUUAAUAACUUUAAAUUCACAUCUUUCAGAAUGUAUGAGGGUCCAAAUGUGUGAUGUAAACUUAAGGCAAGCUGACAAUAAAAUUUACUUGUCUGUAACCCUGAAAGGCAGCUGCCUUGUAGACCAAAUAUGGAUGGUAAACAGGUUACUUGCUAGCAUGACAAUACAAGAAAAAUAGACAAAGUUAUUGUACAAAAUAUCUAAUAUUUUCUAAAAUGUAUUAUUUAGAAUCAAAUACCUUAAUAGCUGUUGUAACCUUAGCUCCGAUUUAAAACAUUACUUGGACACUUCAUAGACCUUCCCCUACAUAAGCAGCUCUGAAAUGUUUUGGCUUACAGUUCCCACCAGCCUUAGCCAUCGUGGAUGAUGAAAUACUGUGAGUUGUUGGUUUAAAGGGGCAUAUAUUAGUUAAGAAAACAGUUUUCUUAUGUUUGUUUAUCUCUGCCAGCAUAGGAAAAACUGCAGGCUUGAGCACACCUCUCUUACUGUCACAUUGUCCAUAUUAGAAUACUGGUAUUUCUGGAUUGUCAUGUAGAAAUUGGAAAUAUGGCUUUGAAUGACUAUGUUGUUAAUUUAACCAGUUUUAUUACACAAUUGUCUGUUUUGCAAUGGACUUGCAGGAUGAAUGGUUUAUGUGGAACUACAAGCCAGGAGCUGGGAAAAGUGAAAGAAUUAUUCCUUCUGGCAGCCAAGGCUGAGACAGACCUAAAACUUUGUUAAGACUGACAGAAGGGAGGACAUGUCACCUUAUAUCAGUGGUUCUCAACUUGUGGGUCCCCAGGUGUUUUGGACUACAACUCCCAGAAAUCCCAACCAGUUUACCAGCUAUUAGGAUUUCUGGGAGUUGAAGGCCAAAGCAUAUGGGGACCCACAGGUUGAGAAUCACUGCCUUAUAUCAUAGUUCAGCACUGUAUAUAAACUAGGUCUAUCAUUUUGUAAUGCAUCACACAUGCCUGUUACUUCCAUUACAACACUUUGCCUCAGUAUGAAUCAUGAAGUCUUUAAGUGUUUCUUGAAUCCAAAAAUCAUGUUUUCCUGUGUCUGUUACUUGUAAGUGCAAAACUGAAUAUACUAAAAAUUGUAUUCUGCUGGCAGCAUAGUGGGGGAGACUAAGACUUCUGCAUAAAAACCUGCCCACUGAUUAUGCAGUUAGCAAAAAUGUGGAGCAGGAGGAGGAGAGAAAAACAUUAAAAAUCACGAUGUGCUUUAAGUUCAUGGAGUGAACACUCAAGUUUCGAAAUAAGGUACCAUUGGCCACAACCUUCAAGCUGAAAAGCAGUUCAAUUAGUUACUUCAAUUGAUAGAUACUCCCUAACAAGUGAAAGAAAUUACAGCUUUUGUCAGAGUGGAUAAUUAGCUGUAGUUUAUACUGUUAAUAAUUAUCUUACCAGAUUAAAAGGUAAAUAAUCACACACAUGCAGCUAGUGGUAAGUGAUUAUAGGCAAGGAGUUACUUAUGGACUUUGGAAUUUCAUUGACUUUUAACUAUGUGCAUGCACUUCCCAAGCAUCCAGGAACUCAAUCAGAGCAGUAAAGCACUGAGCAAAGGUGAAUAGGGUAUACUGGGUGUGUGUGUGUCAGGAGCAACUUGAGAAACCGCAAAGAGUAGUUAAAACUUGUGAAAGUAUGGCACCAUCUCUGCAGUACCCUGUAACAAGUAUUUUUAAUAAUACAAAUUUAAAGUAAUGGUUACGUUUCCUGUAGUACAUAUUUGUAAAUUAUGCUCCAGCUAUCUGAAUGAGGAUGCUGCAAUCCAUAAGAGAAACAGUCCUACAAUCACUGGGUUUCCAUUUAACUACUAUGGCAUUUAAGCACCCCGUUCAGUAAAUCAUCUUUGCUUGCUGGAAU